UUCGCCGAAAAAAUGCGAGGGGGGGUUCGAACCUUCCUCAUGCUUCUGGAAAAGAACCACCCCAAUUCCUACAUGGCUUGCAUCACAUAUGAAGAAGUACCUUUUGAAGUCUGGGUGGUGUAACACUCGAGCGCUGUCUCCGGGCACGUUGCCACUUCGUGCAGCAGCUUCACAUGCUCCUCAAAUGUCCGGGAAAUCACCAACAGGUCUUCCAAGUAUACGAAUACAUGGCUUUGGAGUCGCUGUGGAAUUACGCGGUCCAUCAACCGACACAACCGCUGGGCUGCGUUGCACAAGCCGAAAGUCAUCAAUUUAAACUGGUCGUGGCCUCCCUGGCACCGUAAAUGCUGUAUAAGUCCUACUCUCCGGCUCCAGAUCUAUCUGCCAAAACGCAUGCUUCAGAUCGAUGCUGCUGAUGAAGACGGUGUCCUCUAAGUGGCUCAGGAUUGACUCUGUACUCUGCAAUUGGCUUCCGGACCAGAGUCACCCGAAUGCUCCACGGGCUUUCGCUCAGUUUGAUAACCCCAAGACGCAAUAUUUCGUCGACUUCCGCAAACAACAGCUCCUGCACAGCCGGGGACAUCGGGUAAAAGCGUUCCUUCACGGGUACGGAUCCCUCGACGAGGCGUAUUUCGUGCCUUUCAACGUCGUUCUUCCCAGUCCGUGCUUGUCAAAACACCGAAACCUCUCUUUCCCCUGGUCCAACCGAAUCUGCUGUGCCUCUUCCCGUUCUAGGCCGACUAUAUGCGGAGCUUAUCCGAACUGUCGCCAGAAAUCGACCCACAGAUAGAGUGCCUGCUUCAACGAGGGACACAGGAACAAUUCCAUUGUUUGCUUCUGGUCCUCAUAUGUCAUCACUGCCGUCACAUGGCCCAGAAUCUGAUGAGGUGUGCCGCCCGCUGUUUGUAUUGAGAAGGGUUUCUCGUCCUAAAGCUUCAGUUUUAAUCCUUCGAUUAACUCCAAUCCACUUUUUUCCAGCAGGCUCACUGAUGCCCCUGUAUCCACAGUCCCAUCAGCGUCUUCGUUCCCUGACUUCCCCGUGAGCUAGCUGGGAGCGAUAUACCAAUGCGGCAAAAAGGCGGAUCAUAACAAAUGACGCCCAAUUUUAAAACGGAAGGUAGCGGUUUUGAUCGAGGGAUUUGAGAUACCCAUCUUAGGACUGAGCCUGCGAGAAACGAAAUUAAGCUGGUCCGUGAGCCGGGAAUAAGCCCGAGCCAAAGUAGCCGUUGAGGGGAGUAGGAUAGAAGAAGUAGACGAGUGGAUUUCGCGAGUUGUGGUACGUGAGGUGGCAGAUGGGCAUUCGAAAAAUCGUUGUCCGACUCGAGGAGUCCACGGAUAGAGUCUGAAGAAAGGAAGAGACAUCGUGGGUCUGUCGAGUUGUUGUCCGUGUGAUGCCGUGAAGGGCAUCAGCAUCGUUGAGAUCUGGAAAGGAACAGUAAGAGGAGUUGCCACUCCAGAGAGAAAAACAAAGAAAGCGGCAAAUAAUAGCGAGGGAAACGGAUUGGUUCGCUCACCUGCUGCAGUUGCAGUUGUCUCUCGUCUCGCCAAAUUAGUUAAGCCUGAAAGAAAGAUUUGUUUUGUUGACGUAAUAGUUUUGGAUUGGAAUCAGUAUUGGGAAAGUCAUUUUCGGUGACUGAAGAUCCUCGCUAUCAUUGUAAAGAAGCAAUUUUAGAAGUAGGAUUAGGUAGGAGAGCGAAAAAGGAUUUAUUUUUGGGAUAGGAGUUAUUUAUUUAU